AUGGAAGCUUCCCGACUCCGCCUGGCACGCCAGGAACGCAGCUCCACACCGCCACCCGGGGUGGCCGCGCGGAGCUCCUGCAGAGGCGGGGAACGGAGGCGGCGCCCUGCUAGGCGGCCCGGCCAGCAGGUGCGCCCGUGGGCUUGCUCGCCCACCGCCCUGCCCCCACACGCCCCCACUCCCCACGGGGUAUCGCAUCACCUGAAGGCUCAGAGAGCUACGCCGCUGGCCGGGAUCCCGGACCCUCGCUUCCCCACGUACUGGCCGCGCGCUGGCUGGAGUAGAAAAAGUUUCUGGGAGAGGAAGGGGCGGAAGACGACGCCGCCCAUCCCAGACCCGGACGGCCACCGCCGGACGAGGGGCGCAGAAAGGAAGCGCGCUCCGCCAGGUCCUCAGCGGGGUCCCACGCCCGCAGCCACUCUCCGCCGUGGGGUUCCCGGGGUAAUUCCGGAUUCUCCCCCGAAACCAUCAGUGUGCUGCCGAAGCGCGCGGACUGCCGGAGCGCCGUCCCCCACCGCCCAGCAUCCGAGCGUCCCAGGCGGGCACCGCACGCGCCCCCAGCCCGGCCGCCCGCGCGCGCGCGCUCUUACCCGGAGACGGUUCGGCGUGGCGGCCCGAGCUCGCGGCGAGAGCGGCGGGCGGGACGCCGUGCUCCCGGGGCGCAGGCCCCUCUCGGCGCGUCCCGGCGUCCGGCCGCUGCGGCUCCGCCCGCUCCCUCGCGCCGCAGUAGUAACACCUGCCCCGCGCCCGCCGCCCGCCAAUCCCGAGGCCGCUCUCGGCCGUCCGCACUCGGCGCGGGCCCGGCCUCCCAGUGCGACCCCCGCCUCACGACCCGCCCCCCUCGGGCCCGGGGAGGGGGAGAAGUUUGCGGUGGGCGGGGCCGGCCGCGCGCCCCCGGCGACACCCGGCGCGCCCCGCCACCCACGGGCGCUCCGAGCCUCUCGCGCACCGGGAUUGGCUGCGAGGGGCGGCGGGCGGGCGCCUCCCCGCGCUUGGGGACCGGCUCGCGGGCGGGAGGGAGCCGAUUUGCUCCGGGGCUACGGAUGA